AUGCUCUCCUCCUUUCCGUCCCCGAUCUUAUCCGUCGCCGCGGAUGUAGUCAAGGACUUGGAGGGGGAAGACGCCCUGUGUGGCCUUUGGAUAUUGUUCACCAAGUGCAAAGAGUCGCUCAAAGACGGCCGUCGUCUCGAGAACAUCUCUUGGCGUCUUUGGUACCGGGAGAUGGCCUCCGCUCAGUCCUCUCCUGCGUCUUCUCCUGGCUCUUUGUCGCCAUCUCUUUCAGACCGAAGGAGCCCCUCUCCCAUUACUCCUAUCUCCGAAGACGGUCUCGGCGUUCAGCAGUGUAUGCAUUUACUCGCCCUCUCCGAGUCAAUAGCGGUCCAUUGCUGA